CCCCGGCUGGCAGCAGGACGCACAUUCAGAGACGGUCAUCACUGAGCUUCACACACCGGCUGCCCAGGUGCCAUGAUUCAGAGGAAGCUAGUUGACGUCCAGGGAAUGGCCAUAGCUGAAUGCAUUGCUGACAACUGGGAGGAAAUCUGGAACUUCCAGGCGAGAGACGGAGAUGUUUUGUUGGACACCUAUCCCAAAUCAGGAACCACCUGGACGCAGGAGAUCGUUGACCUGAUCAUGCACGACGCGGAUGAGCAGAGCUGCAGCAGAGCCCCCAUUUAUGAGCGGAUCCCCUUCAUUGAGCUCAUGCACCUGAUGAAACCGGGUGUAGAAGAGGUGAAUGCGAUGCCCUCACCCCGGGUGCUGAAGACUCACCUACCCAUCCAGCUGGUCCCUCCGUCUUUCUGGAAGCACAACUGCAAGGUGAUAUACGUGGCCCGGAACGCCCGAGACACUGUGACUUCCUUCUAUCACUUCGACAAAAUUCUACAGUUUCACCCUGAGCCGGGGUCUUUUGAGAACUAUGUGGAACGGUUUAUGAAGGGAGACGUGGGCUGGGGAUCCUGGUAUGAGCACGUGAAGGGAUUCUGGGAAGAGAAAGACAAACGCAACAUAUUAUACGUAUUUUUUGAAGACAUGAAAAAGACCCCCCUGCAGGAAAUUCGGAGGGUGGCACAAUUCUUGGGCAAAGACUUCUCAGAUGACGUAAUAAACAAGAUUGCAAAACUCACCACUUUCGAGCACAUGAAGAACAACCCAAUGGCCAAUGUCUUGGAUUUCCCCAAAGAAAUACUUGAUCAAUCACAGGGCAACUUUAUGAGAAAAGGUACAGUGGGUGACUGGAAGACCCUGUUUACGGCUCAGCAGAGCGAGGCCUUUGAAGAGCAUUACAAAAAAAUGAUGAGCGGCUGCACUUUGAAAUUUCAGGACCCAAAGUGACGCAUGACUGCCUUCCCUGUGGCUCGAUGGAGAAUCUCCAGCACUGCUGGGAAUAUCAAAAGAUUUUAUUCCGUAUGAACCCUAUACCGUGCCCUACACAAUAUGAGUCAUUUACAAACUGCAAAUGUGCGAAGUGCUCCUUUUAUGUUGCGUAUACAGCAACCAAUGAGCUAUUAGCUCUCAUCAGUCACAAGUGAGACUAAAGAAAGCUGUUAUAUUACUGGUUGCUGCCACUAGGAUUUAUUCUGACCUCUUACCACUGGUGAUGCAUACUCAGUCUGUGUACUACCAGAUCAAUAACAUGAUGGACAGAUAUUGUGAAAACACCUGCCAUACAGAUCAGACAUUACAGGUAAAGCCUUAUUGCACUUUUUAAAUUUGACACCUUGCUCCUCCCUUUGUGCCCAGUGCCUCCAGUUGCGUUGAGGCACAAUGCAGGUUAUCAUGGGUGCAGCAAUACAUCGUUAGGCCCCAUAGCAGGAUAUGGAGUGGGUCCCUGCAGCAUAGUAGGCCCUGGGCAAAGCAAUGCACGUGGGCCCCUACACUGCCAUUCACGGGACCCAAUCACCAUGCCGAUAGCCAUUUACUAUCUGUUUGUAGGCUGGGAGGUAGGUAGAGAAUGCCUGUAAAUAAGAGCCUGUAGCUUUAAGAAAAGGUGUCCGGGUGACAGGGUUAAUUGUAAUGCUAGGUGUCGUGACCAGUCUUUAUCUUAUCCCAAAAUAUGUGAUGGUUCAAAUAUGUUGAAUUAAUGUACUCUAUAUUCUACUGUAUGGCAAUUGCAAUCCUGUAAUUAGUCCAGAUAAUUAAAGUGAACCAACAGACAA